AUGUCUGCGUCAUCAGAAAGCUUGGCUGUGAACUCCACACAAACGACACCCUCAAGGCUACUCCAACGAGGCAUGAGGCGGCGAGAAGUCUCCGUGUCCAUUCUCUCUUCAGGCAUUGAUCCCACGCCCAGUCAACAAGGAAGCGGCGGGAAACCUGAGUCGUAUGCAAAUACGGUUACAAUUCCACUUUUUAUGACCCAAAGCAACGAGGACCUUCUCUUUCUGCCAGUGUGCACCCGCAACAAAAGAGUCUUAUCUCAAGUCACAACACGCAGCAGUUCCGCAAGUAGCUGCACAGAAUCUCCGUUUCAGCGUCAGUUGAACUCUGUGAGAAUAAAGGUUGGGCUGGCCGAGGCCAUUGUGCAGAACGCAUCCAUCACCGCCAAGGUGCCGAUGGCACCGGAGAAGCGUCGCAGGCAAAUGUUGCAGCUGGAAGUGGCAAAGCUUAUUCUUUUUGUGGCGCGACAACAUAACAUCCGCGAGGAGCUGCAGCAAGUUGCCGGGAACUCAUUGGAUGUGUCGGAUGAAAUUAUGUACCAUCGCCGUUCCAUUGAGAGCAAUAUUUCUUUUUUGGCGAGGGAGCCGCCGCCCGAUUUGUCGCUGAAAGAACUCAAGCGAGCCACGUUUGAGAUGGAGAAACAUCUGGAAAAGAUGAAGGAUAAAAAAUCGAACGCGCCGUCCGUUUCCGCCCACGGGGCCACCUCCAACCUUUCGGAGUUUCUUUGGCUCAUUGAAUCGAUCGAAUUGGAGACACUGGAUCCACAGGACGUUUAUUUGGGUGAGGAAGCGGCCAGUUUCAUUGCCCCUUCCACUUCCGCCAACACCUCCACACCUCUGGAAGCAUUACAACGCCAACAUGAGCUGCCGCAAAAAAAGCGCCCGGAAUUGUUUCCCCCCUUGUUACAUUCUACACCCAGUUUGCAAAAUGAGGGGGAAAGCUUUUCGACCCUGUUAAGGUCACCAGGCUUGUAUUUGAUGGAGUACCCACCACAGCUCAGCACCGACAAGACAACAACAAAAGCGGAGAAGGAGACGGAAGAGGAAGAACUCGUUGGAUUCUCUGUCGAUGUGGAGUCUCCCGGGUGUCGCGCCGUAGAGGCGGCGGGGUUGAAGCUGCUUCAGUUCAUGUAUGAUGCUGUCGACGCCAAGGACAAGGGACUGAAGCUGACGAAUGGAAGUGAGGAGGAAAUUGCAGCCAUGUUGAGAGCAGAGAGGACGAUGCAGUAUGGAAAUGAGAUUAUGCGCUCUCUGAAUACCGACGAAGCAGACGCCGCUGAGCCAAACGAAUGUCUUUUAGGAUCUGAUGGGACGAUGCGGAAUUUUGAUGCCACCCGACUGACCCAAUCCGCAAGGAACAGAGCCACUGGCACUCUCUCCAACGCCCAAGAGGAGGAACUGAGCAAUCAGUCAAAAACAAGCAGCAUAUCAGCUCUGGGAGAAGAUUCCUUCUUUUUUUCAGGUCACCCCGCGGGUUUUGAACCGUCAUUGGUUAAUUCUUGGAUAAGGCCAGUCCAGUCUACGGUGGAGGUGCAUCCUCUUCGGACAGGUAUUAUAGAUAUCCUAAAGAGGCUGUACGGGGACUUUAAUUACAAGUAUUACUUUGAACACUGUAAGCCGCCCAAGGCGGAUAAAGUGCCCAAAACAAAGGAGGACUACUAUCAGGAACUAGAGCGACGGGUAGCUCGGAGGAAAAGUGAAAAACAACAACGCAUAGUCAGCGAUCAGAAUGAAGAGGAUUCAAUGCUCUUGAGGUGGAAAGGGAGAAGCAGUUCGUCCAAAAGUUUAACCGUUGGGAAGCGAGACUCGAACAUCAAAAUACAAGAAGAAAUCACAGAUGAUCAGCUGGAGAGCAUGGCGACUGGGACUGCAGAGACGCCUCCGCUGGAGACACCCUCUGUUGUUACCGCGCCGCCCACUGAAACAACAGUUGAUACGCAUGGUGAAGGAAUUGUGCUUGUAGUGGAGCUGGAAGAAGGUAUUCACUUUUUGCUGAAGGGGCGGAGAGACGAGCGGGCGGGCCAGCAGAGUGUCUCUGGAUCAAUGAAUUCCUUUAAAAAGGGGAAGGAGUUAACGAAGGGUGGGGACAUUGAAAAUAAGAAGGCUGUCAGUGAAAGAGGUAACACGGCACAGAGCGAAAGUCGAGAACCGGAUUUUGACAGCUACACCUUGUACGCUGUAAACCAGUCUGACAUGCCACGGCAGGCGACAGUGGAGACGAAUCGAACAAAACUUAAAAACUUGAAACUAAAGGCACUGCUCAAGUACUUUGGGAAGAAAAGAAAUGCAAUUGCUGUGGAUUUGCCUCCACGCGGCACCCAGUUGGUGUUGGUAAUGAAACCCAUUAAAAAGGGACGAAAAGUUGUCUUUGAUGAGGCGUUGAAAUUUUACGAAGGACCUCCAAACGAAGAGGCACCCAAAACGACAUAUGCAAUCGCCAAGCAAAGUCCACCACAAGUCCAAUCUACCACCACGCCACCGAGAAGUGCCCCGUUGGCCGAGCCCGAGGUGUUACGGGAUUCCGGAGGUACCGGUGCGGAGGCCCAGGCGAAGGGGGAAUCCGUUUCUCAGACUGAAUACAGUGAAAAUAAAACUUCAACCAAAGCUGGUAAAACUUCUUUGGAGGUGGCUGACGCAACAGAGCCAAGCGUGCACGGAAACGAGGAGGAGGAUCAGGGGAAAGCUGCGGCACUCAGUGGUGCCCGUGUCCCGUCCAUGCAGACGUUUAAGCCUUUGUUGUUAAGGAACACUGGUGGCUAUACAGAGGAUUUUUCAUCCGAAGCGUAUUCUUUUGACGGGAGUUCAUUAUCUGGAAAUGAUGUUUCGGCAAAAGGGGUCAAUGACUGGGGCGUCAGUGUUCUUCCUUUAGGCGAAGACCUUGAGGAUCAGCAAGAAGAGGGCUGGCGGCAGAAAGGCGACAUGGGUGUUCCGCGGAAAAGGCCCAAGGAAUCAGACAACAAAGCCGCGAGAACAAGAUUCAUGGGUGAAAAAGGAACCAAAAGAGGAAGUGAAACGAGGAUUGGAUCCAGUAAGGGUUCUCAGUUUGAAGCAGACAGAGCUUCAGGGGAAGCAACGCGGGUGCAUCAAUGGGGAGUCCCCCUAACAAAUGACGAUGAUGAGGCAUUUGAAAAUAAUUGUGUGGUAUUGUCUGUGUUGCAGGCAUCUGAGUGGCAAAGCGGCUCGAAAGUUCCGAGGCGUUCCUUGGGAAGUAAAUCUGCCGUCCAUAGUGUGGAGGGUGGCGAACCCAAAGAGAUGAAUGUGAAGGAUGGGGGAAUGGAUGACGCGACGGGGAAGGCCACGGAGGGUGGGAUUUUGAUGGAAUCUUCGUUGCGUACGACGUCUGAGCGGUACCCAAGCGCGCGUUUCCGAGCGACGAGCAUUGAUACAAAGGAGGAGGAUAUUGUCACGGCUGCGCUUUACCCCGCUGGGGACGGAGAUGCUUUAAAGACGGAGGAGAUAGUAUCUAGUUUUCUUCAACGUAUCGCCGAGGCGGAGCAGUUAAAUUUGGAGGAACAAAUCGAUAACGAGGAUAUUUCUUACCCGAAAGGAAGUGAGGAGACACCUCUGCCUGCUGGGUCAGCGGCACUAUGGCGACGUCAACUUGUAUCUCAAUCGCAACAAGAUCCCCAUUCUAUUGGAUCGCAGGAGGAAUCAAAGCAGCUUCUCUCCUCGUUAACGCCAGGGGUCGAGACAGAGUUCCCGCUUGGAUCAGACAGAGAAAUAUGUAAGGUGCAGGGUAGCACCUCUUUGGCGGCUUUACGGGCCGAAAGUGAGGAACACGAAAAGGGAUCCACUCUUAGAGCAUCUUCUUCUCACAUGUUUUCUUCAGAGCAGUUAACUGCAAAUGCAACUGUGGUGCAGCGACCAAGUGUCACCUUGGAAGGAGGGUCUUCGGCCCAACGCAUGAAGAUAUACGGACUUCCCCAAUCUUCCGUAACAAUGAAUGAGUCUGUGACUCCUGUGCACUUGGAUGAAAAUUACACCAGCACCUCUUAUCCUCAGCAACCUUCUGUUGCCGCGAAGGUGGACGGCGGCGAGAUUGGGGAUGAUGUAAGUACUCCUGUGGAAACUACUUCCGGGCUAGGAACGACGAGCCGAACGGCGGACAAAAGAUCCGUUUCAAUUGAGCCUUUGCAAGGGAACAGAUAUGCCUCACCAACCAUGGAGCGGCCAGCAUUCAACUUGGAUCUUUUGUUAAAGAGUGUCAAGAAGGCGGAAAAGAAAGAGGCUCCUUUGCCAGGACUCUCCACUCGUAUAGUAAAAGAUGAAUACGCCCUUCCAGAGCAAGUGAUGCCGGCGAGUCCCAGUCGCCAGCAUGCAUACGCAGAGGCCCGACCAGAUGGACGAUUUGCCAUUUUUGCUCCUGAAGAAAUGAACGUUAAGGGAGCAGCCCAUACUUCUGACCGCAUGGACAAAAAGAAGAUGUCGACGCGGCUCUCAGGAGUAGUGGAAAACGCGGCGGUGUUCGCCGAAGAAAUCCGCACAACUUUUCAUGCCUUUGCGCGUCAAGCCACGUCUCAGUGGAGGCAGACUUUUGCCCGCUCAGAAAUACACGGGAAAGCAACCGUCGGAAGAAAUGUGAGUGUUGAUGUUAUGCGCCAUGCAACACUUCCGGCACUUUCAAUGGUUUAUUCCCCUGAGACGGCUCAGGAUGUGGAAGACAUGGAAGCUGCGGAGGAAGAGGCAAAGGCACUUUUUCUACAGGAUCCUGCUCGUUAUGACUGUGUUAUUGACGAACUUACAAAACGGGCCAUAGCAAGAGUUUACGAGGAGGAAGAACGAGAGAAGGAGCGACGGGAUUCCGCGGCACACGGAACGGCUGGAAGGAAACUGAAAGAGGGAUUGAUUGUAGUGCCAGGUCGAAUGCAAAAUCGUUCUGUAGCCUUUCGUCAGUUUUCUGUGGUGGGGUCACAAAUGGGUGGUUCCCAGGCAAUGAAUAUUAGUAGUACUGGUAGCAUGGUCCAACUUAACGGAGACCCUGUGCACUUUACUCACGGGGGGAGUUUUUUAAAGGGCCGUCACCCGUCACUCUUACUGGGGAAAAGCCACCGUGAUAAAGUGCGUCAUGACACGAAGUCUGAGUUGGAUCAACUCCUUGAUGAGCAGCGUCGUGCAAAGAAGAUUGUGGCAUAUAUUCUUAUGGAGAUGCGUCGCAUGUGGCGGCGGCGGUGUCUGGAGUCCAAUCUUGCUCUCCGCAGUGCCGUGGAUCGCUUCAUUAAACGAUCCGUUCUUUUUUCAUGGCAUUUUGAGAGGCGACGUGUGCUUAAUCUACACAAGCUCAUUCACCUCCUGGACCGCAAAACCGGCCGCGUGGGUGGUUGGUUGCCGUUUUACAUGAAAGAUCGUGUCAUGGAGGACCGAUUUGUCUGGGAGCCCGCCCCACUGCACCUCUCACGGCCGCUGCGUGUUGUUCACCGGGCAAUGUGUCUUGCCAGACAGCAACGGAUGUUUCCUAUUCGUCUCGUGCGGCAGCAAGCUUUCCGAAGGAAAAAUUCGCAGCAUAUAUUGUACGGUUACAAGCGUACCAUAAUGGAGCCGUUUAGGAGCCCUGCCGUGCGCCUUCGUCAUGGGCGACGCUCUCGCUACGCCGCGCCGUUUCAGAAUCCCACAAUGCGUUUUUCUCCGCAAGUUGAGUGGAUGGACGGAACACCGAAAAAGUAG